UAAAGAAAUAAAAAAAUAGUAUGUAUAUUUAUAAAAAUGUUCCGCUUAAUAUUAAUAAAUUGUUUCUUUUUUUGGAGAAUUUAAUUUUUUAAAGAAUUUAUGUUGUUAACAAAUUGAAUAAUUGAUGGGAAAAGUGUCGAGGUCAAAUUGCAGGAAAUCGAUAAAAAUAAUGUUGUAAACAAGAAUUCGGGUGUUGCAGGCACAAAUUGAAAAGGAUGACGUUUCCAUGAAUCCCACAUUUCCCAUCGUGAUUUUCAUCACUCCGACGACGAUAAUCGGCAACUCUCUCAUCCUGAUCGCGAUCUUCCGGUUCAAACGACUGAGGUCGCCGUCCAACUAUCUGCUGACCAGUCUGGCCACUUCCGACUUGGCCAUCGGAAUCCUGCUUCCUCUGGCCACGUUCCAGAAGCAGCGCAACACCUACGUGUGCCUCGUGACCAACUGCACUCUGAUCUGUCUGGUGUCCGUGUCCGUUCUGGUAAUCGUGGCCGUGGCAUUCGACCGGUUCACCUCGCUGGCGAAGCCGCUGCGCUACAACAACCUCAUCACGCAUUCCACCGUCGAACGGUACAUCCUCAUGUUCUGGCUCUACUCCCUCUUGGUCGGAUUCACUCCUCUCGUGUACCACGUGCGCAAUCGGGCGGAUUCGUUGGACGACUGCUGCACCUUCGGCAAGGCGGUGCCGAAGCAUCUGCAGCUGUUCGUCCUGUGCGCCGUCUUCGGCCCUUCCACUCUCAUCCUGACCUUUUGCUACUGUUACAUCUACGUGAUUGCGAAGAAGCACGCGCGCGCCAUUCAGAACGAACACCGACAGAUCGGGACGAAGGGCGGAAGUCGGUACGGAAUCGCGUUGGCGAUCACGUCCGGCACGUUCUUGGGUCUGUGGACCCCGUUUCAGAUCUGCGUCUUAUCGGACGUCUUCUUCGGCACGGAGAUUCUGUCCAGCAGGAAUUCGAUGUUCCUGGCAGUGCCGGUGUUGGUCAGCAGCGCCUCUAAUCCGUGGGUUUACGGUUACCGGAAUUCCGAACUGAGGAGUGCAGUUCGGAAAGUCGUCGACGAUUUGUUGACCGCUUUGGGAUUCACGUACCGAAGCAAGGAGAACUCCGAAAUGAACUUUUUGCCGAGUUGUGCGGCGACUUUCGGUGACGUCGGUUCGUUCAUUCAACAUGUUCAGCGGGACUUUGAUCUGGCUUCGUGGCAUCCGAAUCCGCAAGGCGAUUUCCUGCUGGUUCCCAUUGUCCGACCGGAGACGUCGAUUUCGUCCGGAAACGCACAAAGAACGACCGCAAAAGAGUUUGAAGGCGACGAACCCAACAUUCUCAUUUCGAUCGACCAUCCGAGAAUUUUGCGCAACUCGAAAUCGAUGGUCGAGAGCUUCGCCAUCGCCGACGGAAAAGACAUUUUGAUCGUAACGAGCAACAAAAUCAAACACGGCUCGAGCGUGUUGUAAAUGUCAACAACAAUUCUGCAAAGCACUUUAUCGAUGUUUAUGUGCGUUUAUGAACCACCACUCACUCACUCACCCAAAUUGCAUUUGUUCUUAUGAGAAACAAACAAUCUUAUGAAAUGAAUUUCAUGUGUGUUAUAGAUUCUGAGAGAAAGCAACGAUGUGUCAAUAUUACAAUAUUACAAUGUUUAUUUAUACACGAGAAUAGUAUUAUAUAUAUAUAUAUAUUUACAUUUCCAAUAACGACCGAUUCGACCGAAUCGUUAAACAUUUCCAAAGA